CAUGAAAAUGGCACCUCCACCAAGCAAAAGUUUUGUGUCUCUCUGCCUUUUCCUGAAUAUCUGCUGUUCUAUCCUAAUCGUAUUGAUAAAUAAGUGGAUCUACACUCAUUAUCAUUUCCCCAACAUAACUCUGACAUGCAUUCACUUCGUAGUUACGUCGCUCGGGCUUUUAAUUUGCCAAAAACUGAACAUGUUUCAACCCAAAUCUGUGCCCAUUUGGGAUAUGCUCCCUCUAUCAUUGACGUUCUGUGGAUUUGUGGUGUUCACGAAUCUUUCACUGCAGACCAACACUGUUGGUACUUAUCAGCUCGCCAAGACCAUGACCACCCCUUGUAUUAUUGUGAUUCAGACUCACUUUUAUAGUAAAUCGUUCACGACGAAAGUAAAACUGACACUGAUUCCGAUCACCAUUGGUGUUCUCCUAAACUCAUAUUUUGACAUCCGAUUCAGUGUCUUAGGAACAGUAUAUGCAACACUUGGUGUACUAGUCACAUCCCUUUACCAAGUGCUGGUCGGUGCCAAGCAACAUGAACUCCAAGUCAACUCCAUGCAGCUGUUAUAUUACCAAGCUCCACUCUCUGCCGCUCUUCUCGUCCUAGUCAUUCCAUUCUUUGAGCCUAUCAUUGGACAAGGUGGAGUGUUUGGACCAUGGUCAUUUUACGCGCUGCUCAUGGUUUUUCUCUCUGGAAUGGUUGCGUUUACAGUCAACCUCAGUAUCUACUGGAUCAUAGGCAAUACAUCCCCCGUCACUUACAAUAUGGCCGGCCAUCUUAAGUUCUGUAUGGCGCUACUUAUUGGUUUUACUAUCUUCCACGAUCCUUUAACGUUAAGACAGUUUCUUGGAGUGGUGACAACUUUGGCUGGUGUCAUACUCUAUACCCAUUUCAAGCUGGAGGAACAGAAGAAGUUGGAUUUACCGACGUCCAAAAUGGGAAAGACAAGCACUACCUAAAGACUGGCCUUUAACACUCAUAGUCAAAGUUAACUUUAUGUACAGUAGAACUUCUCUGGUAAGGACACCCUUGGGACUGACUAAUCCUGUCCUUGAUAGAAAGGUGCCCUGAUUACAGAGGUCAAAAGACAAUUCAUCUGGUUGCAGAAUCACUGUACCUGAUAGAGACGCAGUUCUGCUUACAGAGGUGUCCGCUAAGGGAGGUUCUACUGUAUUUCACUGGUCAUUACAACAAUCAUUCAUCAUUUGGGGACACACUGGUGGAAGAUUAUAUUUUCUCAGUACUAUUUAACUUAUUCUGAUACAGUGGAACCCCGGUAACACGACCACCCAAGGGACUAAGCCGAAGUGGUCGUGUUACCGGGGUGGUCGCGUUAGUGAAUUUAAGAAUCAUAAGUAGGUUUUCCCGCCAAAACAUCGUCCUGCUGUGUGUACAUUGACAUGCAUUAAUGACUACGCCACCGGGUGAUUCGAUAAUUUUGUGUGUAUAUUACGAAUAAAAAAUCAUUUUCUUGAGUGUUUUGCGUUUAAUUUGCAACUUAUGUAAAUGAGUAAAUAAACUGACGAGAGCUAAUUAGACCAAACAUUACAUUAAAACUUGAGCAUGCUAAUUAGAACAAGCAUGUAAUUCACACCAUCGGCAGCUGCCCUUCUUGAUGUCAAGCUAAUAUUCCCGCUAACAUUGAGAGAGGUGAUGUGAGAAGAUGUUGAGAAUUCUUCCUGAUGUCUUCCUGCUUUAACAUUAGCCAAUUUGUACUGGUACUGAUUAAAUCAUCUUUUUAAUAACGUAUUUUAUCAACAUUACGACGUAGUAAGCAUUCUUUACUUUGAGUAUCGGUACUCUUACUAAUCAACAUAAUUUAUUUGUCCUAAAAACUACGUGUGCAUGCCUCUUGACAUCAUUUAAUACUAAAUGAUGAAAAAACAAACCGUGAGUCGAAAAGAAAGUUUAUUCUUCAUUUUAUUUGCGCUUACAUUUGAUCAAACCUUGGAGGAAUUAUACUUGAAGUAUAGUUCCUCCAAGAUCAAACUCACUUACACAUCAUUUAUUUUCAUAUGGAUUCCCAUGGUCAUUGUGUUCGAGGUGCUAAUUAUCAACACGGAUUUGCGAGAAGGUGCCAAUUGAUACCAUGCAGUCAUGGUUGAUUACGGCAAUUAGGCCUCAUAGUCACGUUAGCGGGGUUAAUUUGCAGUUUGGGACCGACCAAGCUGGUGGUCGCGGUCUGGGUACCGGGGUGGUCGUGUUAGCGAGGGCCAGUUAAUGGGAAUUAGAGAGAAAACCAUUCGGGACCGGAGAAUUUUGGUCGUGUUCGCGGGGUGGUCGCGUUACUGAGGUGGUCGCCGACCGGGGUUCCACUGUAUUUUGCUUUGAAAAUAAUUUCUGUAUAUGGAGCUCUGUUCGACUACAAGCAAUACAAUGUACAUAUGCAUAUUUGGAAAAUUUAAGUUUGGAAAAUUUAUACCUAGCUUUAUAUGACAUUGUUAAUGUUACUUAAGAAGUGAUACUUAAGGCAGAUAAUUGUAUUGUGUUAGAUUUAUAUUGGAAUGUUCAUGUUUGAAUCUCAUGAUUGUAGUUUAUGUGGUACUAUAUUGGUACCAAAGGUAUGCAAGUGCUGGCCUUAAUCUUGCCUUUGGGGUUUGGGGUUCUUAAAUGAAAAACUAUUCAGUUUCAAGCAUUUCAGAUGAACAUUGCCUCCUCCUUUUAACGUGCUAACAAUAUAAUGUGGAAUAUAGUUUAAUAAAGACUACAUGUAGAUUCU